UUGUUUCAGCAGUGCAGUUGAAAAGAACGGACUAUAGGAGACGUCGAGGAACACCAUGAUAUUAGCGAAAGAACAGUACCGCUCGGUGUUAGUGUCGUGUACAAACACGAACUCAAUGUAGAGGAGAAAUACCGGUCAAAGAUAUAUAUAUAUAUAUAGGAGAAAUGGAUUUGGAACUUGCAUUACAGUAGGCGAUCGAUUGUAUAUACAUCGCGAGAAAGGCAUUCAUUUCGACCUUGGAAGAAAUUUUCGACCGAUGUAAUUUCGCCAAAGUAUCUCCAGACUCCGAAGAUGAGUAAAUCACCGAUUAAUAUUCUUCAAGAAAUCUUAGUCAAGGAAGGUUAUGCUCCUAAAUAUUUUUGUUCGUUCGAUGCCUUUCAUUUUAAAUGUGAAGUAACCUGUAAAAAUUUAAGCGCAUCUGGUACAGGAACUAACAAAAAGGAAGCCAAACAUAAUGCUGCGCUAAAUAUGUUAUCAUUGCUGAAUGUUGACUUACCUUCAAAAGGAUACCAAACUGAGAAUAGCAUGCAAAGUUUGAAAUUGUACCAGACAAUGAAUAUUAAUCAAUCAAAUGAUAUUUCUUCCCCUUCAAAUAUUUCUUCCCCAGCAUAUGCACAGAUGUAUCCUGAAUGCAACUAUGUUGGAUUAUUACAGGAACUUUGUGUACAAUAUCGCCUAGACCUACCUAUAUAUGAACUUGUUAGUGAAAGUGGUCCUAGCCACAUGAAGACAUUUACAAUAAAAAGCAAUAUCGGAUGCCUAAAUAGGACAGGCAUAGCACACUGCAAAAGAUCUGCGAAACAAGAAGCUGCUAAGAACGCACUGCAAUAUUUGAUAGCUUUAAACAAGUUGCCGGAAGAAGCUUGCAAGAAAGUUGAGAAUUACAGAAAAAUAUUCCAAGAUAAUUCGCAAGACAUAACUACAGGCAUUUCUAAUAUUAAAAUUACCGGACCAGUAUCAUCUGUCGUAGUACCAGAGAUAGCAGUAGUAUCAGACAAAAGACUGGCAUCCUGUAUUGAACCCAUCUUCAACAAUAUAGCGAAGCAAAAUGUUAUAACGGUUGACAGUUCCGCAGGAUUUAAUAAUAACAACAACAGUACAGUUAAGACUGCUCAUAUAAAUAGUUAUAAAGCCAAGUCAGACGCAAUUAGUGGCUGUAAGAACACAUCGGAGAAUAAUUUGAAAACAUUUGCUAUGGAAAAGUUGAUCGUUGAACCAACAUUUACGAAGCAGUCAGGAAGCGCACAAUCAAGUCACGUCGAAUCUAACGGUAUAAAGGAGCAAAACCUCGUAGUUAAGAAUGAUCGUGCAGACCUAUUAUCAUCAGUAUUAAUUAAUAAUGAUAAGGGGUGCAGACGAACAACGGAGGAUGAUUUGCGGGAUAUUUUUGAUAUUGAAAUAUUAGAUCACAUCGAGAAUAAGAAAUCAGUGCCUCCUCUCACAGAACUAUCGAAGAAUGCCCUGACAACUUACAGUAGUUUAUCUGGAGACGCGGGAAGACAUAACCCGGCGAACACGUAUUCUCACGGUCAUCUCACGGAUUGUCACAUCUUGUUCAAGAAAAACUAUUCCAGUAAGAUAUCAGACGAUUUGAAAAUAAAAAUGCGCUCCGUGACCAGAUUAAGCAACCUGAAGUCGCCCGUGGUGCAAGAAACAUGCCAAGACGUCAAGAAAGCAUUAGGAGUCAAGCUGAAAGAAUUCAACCUUAGCACCAAUUGUAAGACGGACAUUGCAAUAGUCCUGCGCAUGGAGUCCACGCCGGUUAUCGCACAAUUUGGCACGGGUUCAACUGAAAGCGAAGCAAGGGCUCGAGCAAUGCUUGCACUUAUUAACACUAUCCUGGACUAUCUAAAAUAAGAUUCAUAGAAUAUUGAUCGUUUCCGUCUGAAACAAAAAGUAGAUUAAAUGUUAAAUGUAAGUAUAAUCUUGCGGAUUACGUUAAAAAUGAUAUCCAAAGCUCCCUUGAAUGCAUGCAUAUAGUAAAAAUGUUAGUCAUAUCGUAAAUAGUAUUGUAAAUUUCAUUAUAUUCUCAUUUGUAAUCGCUUCGACCAAAUCGUAUUUACGAUGUAUACGUGAUAAAGAUAUUAGUUUAUUGAUUGAUUAUUGAUUCUUAAAGCUCCGUUAUUUACGAUAAAGUGUGAAAUUAAUUCUGUAAGAGCAAGAUAAUACGUAUUGUAUAGACGAUAUAUAUAUNAGACG